CCAGUAAAUGUUAUUAGAGGUAUUUAACAAACAAACGAUUGAGAAUUGAUCUUGCAAUAUCCCUUUGGAACAAUUAUUAUUAUUAGGGGAUUCCCCGAAUUUACAAAGUCCAAGACAGAAUGUUCCCGAACGAUCGAUAUAUUGCUCAUGAUUUGUAUCAAGUAGAGAAGUUGGUAGGUACAUUAGUGAUUAGAUUAGAAAGAUGACGUCAGGAGUGAAUGACUCUUGCAUUGCAGCAGAGUUACACCUUUUGUGAUACUUACCUCGUGUGCACUUGACGCCCAAUAUAUUAUCUGUGAUAUAUAAUAUUUUUUUACGAGUCUACAAGAAUCAGAAAAGCAGUUUCUGCAAAAAUGUCGUCGACCGUAAUUGAGUCAGUUAGCAGCCAUCUACCGGAGAGAAUGAAGCACCCGCUGCGUGACGAGUGGACCUUCUGGUUGUUAAUGGGAGACAAGAAGAAUUGGGAGGAUAAUCUGGAGAAGUUGACCAGUUUUAGCACUGUCGAAGAUUAUUGGUGCCUCUACCAUCACAUGAAGGUGCCUUCCGAGCUGAAGUUGGGCCAGGACUACAUGAUCUUCAAGAAGGGCAUCCAGCCAAUGUGGGAGGAUCCUCAUAACAAGAAAGGGGGUCGUUGGUUGAUCAUGCUUGAUCGAAUGACGAGUGCGCACAUGGAUAGUAUCUGGGCAGAUACGGUGUUAAUCCUAAUUGGAGCUACCUUGGAGCACACUGACGAUAUAUGCGGCGUUGUCGUUAAUGUUCGAGAUAAGAAUAAAAUCUCUGUUUGGAUGAAGACCAACGAUUCUGAUCCAGUUCUUGAGGUGGGUAGGAAAUUGAGAAAGCAGUUUAAGAUACCCUACAAGUUCAAUUAUUAUAAGCACAAUUCUUCUAAGUCUAUGUACUCUAUGUAAUUAAAGAUAAAUCAUUAGAUUUAACAUAAUUAUGUUGUGAAUAUUAUAAUGUUGUUGAAUUGCA